ACGCAGUUUUGGAUAGGAAAAAUCUAGACUAUGGCAGCAAGUCUAUAAGAUGAAACUUAUUAUUGUACAAGUGCUGCUAAAACAACAAGUCACAUCCUUGUAAAGACCAAUGAAUAAGGUGCGAAGCUUGAUUCUAUAUGUGCAAUAAUUGUCUGACUAUUUUCAAUCACUUUCUCACUAUUCUUUAAUGAAAUGAUGAGCAGGUCUUUUCCGUAUUCACCUUUUAAAAUAGCUUUUGGGUCACUCUCAUCAUCUUCAUAUCUCAAAUAUGGCCUUUCCAUCGAGAGACCACGUCUUGGUGGAUCCGUCUAUAUAUAUAAUUCCAACCCUUUCCUUGUCACCUCCCAAUUCCAAGCUUGCUACACUUUUUCUUCAUUUUGCAAAAUUCCAACUAGUUAGCCUGCUAACUUUUGUGCACCAUGGGCAUGUCUGAGAAGAGCUUGGCCAAGAGGAAGGCUGGGCUGAUCACCAAGACACUGGACAGGUGCUGGAGCACACCAAUGAGGAACAAGCCUGCAGAGGGCUGUUUCUCUGUCUACGUCGGUGCCGGGAGGCAGCGGUUCGUGGUGCGGACAGAGUGCGUGAACCACCCGCUGUUCCGGGCGCUGCUCGAGGAGGCCGAGGAGGUGUUUGGGUACGCGUCCGCAGGCCCCCUCGAGCUACCCUGCAACGCCGAGGCGUUCGCCGGGGUGUUGGAGCAGAUCAAGGAGGAGAAGCAGAUGGCUGGGGGGAGGAGGUGUGGCCUCUCCAGGGGGAAAUCCUACCGGCUGCUUGGCACUGGUCAGACUGUCAUCAUCGAUCGGUCGUAGCAUAUGCAUUGGAUUGGAUGAUGCCGAGUUUAUGAGCUCUGAGUUUUGUUGAACUCGCAUUCUGGGACUACCGUGUACACAUUUGGAAGCAACCUUAGCAUUCCCAAGUAUGAUAAACAACAUCAUCAUAUACUGGGCAAAUGAGAUACUUUUAUUUUUUCUUCUGUUUCUGGUUUGCAUUUUUGUGAGAAGGCAAUGUUAGAUGUUGAUGUGUUUUCCCCUCCUAAGUUGUAGUAACUGUCGGUGGAAGUGUUAUACAGAUAUAUAAAGAAUCUAUAAGUUUUUCUUUAUGUCUAUAUAUGGCAUAAUGUUGCAAUUCCAAAGUAGAAUCGCACAGUUCAAUUCAUCUCGCACUGAUUGCAAGUGGUUUGGAUCAAAUUACGCUAAGAUACACCUAUAGUGUUUUCCCGCAGAUCUUCUCUUACGCAAGCAUCCACUAAUUUGCUAUCCAAAUCUGUUUGAAUUCCAUUUACACACUGGAUUACAGAGCCUCAACUCAUCUGUCAAUUUUUUAAAUCUCAAAGCACAGAAAUAUGUAUGCCGACUAGACACACGGCACACGGAAUGGAGGUAUGGCAUCAAUUAAUCAAGUGAUCUAAAUCAACAAAAAUUAACCACAGAAAAGGGCCAUAAACUGGAAAAGUCGUUUGUUGAUAUGGUUAAAAGGUAGGCAAAAAACAAAUGAGCAGUAGUGUAGUAGAUGAUGUAGUCAAGAAGAUAUAUCCAUUGAUUGAUCGAAUAAAUGAUGAUUUGGCAUCUAUAAGGAUCGGUAUAUCUAAUUUCUCGUAAAUGGAAAAGGGCUAAAGUAAUGUUAGUUGGUACAUUUGAUUGGAUUGAUCUCCAGGUACAUAAAUUUAUUCAAGACAAAGCUAUAGAAUUAGUGCAUUAAUGUACAAUACAGGUAG